UUUUCUUAAGGGUUCUAAAGGAUAUACGCAGCGAUGGAAAUCAAUGAACUGGUAUAAUUGACGGUUUUUUUUUUUUUUUUUUUUUUUUUUUUAAUGGUCCAUGCAUUUGAUGCAAUAAAAAUCAGCGGUCUUGAGAAUGAUUUAAAAGAGGUUACGAGUUUACUGGAGAAAUGUGAACGACAGCGUGUGAGAGGCGUGUUAACACAAGAGCAGAAGAAGAUAGAGAAUGAGCUCACACAGAAACGACAGCAGCAAGCCAAAAAAGACUCUGGGACUGAUACAACACUUAAAGGAUACACAGUCAAAAUUAAUAAUUAUGGAUGGGACCAAUCUGACAAAUUUGUCAAAAUCUACAUCACACUAAAAGGAGUGCAUUCAAUUCCAGCUGAAAAUGUUGAGGUCAGCUUCACAGAGAGAGGUUUCAAUCUUCUUGUCAAAGAUCUGGAUAAAAAGAACCAUCAAAUGACAGUCAACAACCUUUUAUGUCCGAUUGUCAUAGCGGAGAGCAGUAAAAAGAUUAAAACAGACAUGGUCCUGGUCAUGUGCAAGAAGAAGGCAUCAAAAAAAUGGGACUGUUUGACACAAGUAGAAAAACAGGCUAAAGAGAAAGAAAAGCCUAAUCUGCUCUGAUUGGUCAGAUGUCCCAGUCUGUUGUGAUUGGUCUACCACUUACAGCGCGUGUCGGAAAGGAAACGCCCACUACCAUAUCCGAGUUUCAGCUCCAUCUGAAAAAAAUUCUGUUUUACCUUGCCAACUUGAACCCGAGUCCGACAGUGAUACAUCGGAAGAUCAACCCAAACCACCAUCACAAGCACGAUGAGAACAGGACAUUUCUGAGUGUUACGUUUAUAUGUAGUUUGACAAUAAUGUGAGUUAGCCGGUUAGCAGAGGUUAACAGCUAACAGGCUAACAGCGUGCACUGGCUGUACGUGUAAACAGACCAGAGGCGGGUUUUUUGUUACCAAAUUACAUUGGUUAGUACAGGAAUUAAGUCUGGAAUUACUAACGACUCGUUUCAGGUGUUCAGAAUCGGUUCUUUCUUUAUGGAGUCAGUAACUCCAUAUUUCCUGCACUUUGAUUUUUGAAACUUCGCAGACUUUUUUACAUUCACAAACAGCUAUAUAACACACUACAUGAAAGAUCAUAUUUGAAAAACCAUAAUAGGUGCUUUUUUAAUACACAUCCACAUAUGUGCUCAUCUAAAGGACUGGGAUGCUCCUGAACACUUACUAUUUUGAAGUCUAAUCCAUUCAUUUCCCAUGGCUGGUCAUUUUAGACCGGGAAUACCACAGAUGUAACAAAGUGAAAUAAAACCAAUAAAAUGUUAUUAAAAUGUGUUUCUAAAUAAUGUUAUAAUAAAAAAAUGUGUGUUCAGAUGCCCUGUGUGAACGAAGUCAUGGAAUUUUAUUCCAACUAGAUGAAAUAAACUACAGUUUUCAGAAGAAAAGUCAAAUGAACACAAUAUAAGUGUUAAUAUAAUUGUUUGUUUAUAUAUAUAUAUAUAUAUAUAUAUUAACAUUGUGGUGCACCUUUAGAUGCAACUUCAUAAUGGGUGAAUAUCUACACUGGAAUUCACUGUACUUGCAAGCCAUAGAUAUGUCUGAUUUGUUAGAGUCAUUCUUUUGAGGUGAUUAUUUUCAAAGAAUCUGUCAAAUGGUUCAUAAAUUGCUCUGCAGGAUUCAUUACCAAAUCAGUCUGAAUCCACUUGAUUUUACAAAAAGUUAAUAACUGGAAAAGUCAUAGGUUUUUGUAGGUUAAAAUGUGUGGGAACCCUAAUGGUUGUUUAUCAGCACUAGUAUCAUGUUAGUAACUUGUCCAGCUUGAUAUCAUCUGUACAUUAACAGUGAAACACAUGGAUGUCAGUACGGGACAUCAGUAAUCUGUUCAACAUUAUACUUAAUUUGUGUCCACAACUAA